CUUCUUUUAAUUAUAGUUUCUUUGUUUGUAAUUCUACAUGAGGAAUGAAUGUAGAGACCUUAACUUAUAUCAGCAUGUAAUUAAUGGAAAUGAUAAGAAGCUGGUGGAGCGGGUUCUUAAAAUCUGUCCCUGACAUAAUUGUCUCUCGGGAUGGUGAGCAGAAAAACAAAACGAGUUUAUUUACUGCGUGUAUAGAAGAGAAAAGAAGUAUUACGAUGUUUAAAGAUAUAAGUCAGGUUUUAUAUUGAUAAUAAACAAGACUAGGGUAGUUAAUGUUCACUUUUGACUGCUGCUUACGAGAAGAGAAGCAUCUCCAGCGCAUUCAGUCAGCUUCGCUAUUGAUAUUAAUCUCAGACAAAUUGUGUUUAUCAGUCGCUAACACUACUACGACUACAAACUUUCACCACAACCCUUUUCGCUACCAUCACACCACUGCUGAUAAAUUUAUCUUCUCUGUUCUUUUUUUUUUCUCUCUGAUCACAUCAGCCGGUUGACUCUACCUACGUCUUUCUUCUGUUAAAUGACGACGUUCAGUGGUGCUGGAAUAUCUCCGCCUUCGCACUCUACCAUUCUUCAUUGUUUAUUUGGUCUCCAGUAAAUGACAUGAGAAGUACGACUACUGCUGCAGUGUUGAACAAGUCUAAAUAGAAUCAGUCAAUUGUAUUUACGAAACCGAUUUACAACGAACGUUUUCAGACGCAUGAAAUUUAUCAACGAUGAAACUCUAUUGUGUUAUACCGGCUGUUUUGCUUGUGGCUUGGGUGGCUUUCGUAACAACUUCUCCACUUCACCAUCGAGUAGAAAAGCGUUCCUUGAAACUUUCUCUGAAAUGCCUUGCUUGUGAAUCAGCUAUUGUAUUUUUCCGAAAGAUAUUGAAGAGUAAUCCCAAAAGUUCACUCAUUGGUCAAAUCAUCAAAGAAGCUUGUAUACAUUUCUACAUUGAAAGUCGUAAAGUAUGUGCUGAUGUUGUUGAUGAAUUCCAACCUGAAACCCUCUAUGUGCUUUCUAAAAGUAAUUUAACUGCGAAAGAAAUUUGUUCAACAAUUUUAAACAUACAGUGCACUUAUGCAGGGGAUCCAUACGACAAAUGGAACAUCAGUCUACCUAAUUCACCCAAGCCUCCAGUGACACCAAUACCAGUUCCCAAGUCAGGGGCACCCAAACUACGAUGUCUUCAUCUCACAGAUAUUCAUCUCGACACAAUGUAUCAAAAAGGGGCCAAUGCUAAGUGUGGAGAACCUCUUUGCUGUCGUAAAUCUAAUGGGCUUCCAGCAAAAGCAGAAGAUGGUGCUGGAAAAUGGGGUGAUUACAGGAAUUGUGAUUUGCCUCCUCGUACAAUGGAUAACCUUUUCAAUCACUUACGGAACAUUCAAGAUCAGUUUGAUUACAUUAUCUGGACUGGUGACCUGCCUCCACACAACAUCUGGAACCAAUCAAGAAGUGAUCAAACGAAAGUUAUCAAUAUCUUGACCCAGUAUUUCUUGAAGUACCUUCCCAAUAAACCCAUGUUUCCUGUUGUUGGCAACCAUGAAAGCUCUCCAGUUAACAGCUUCCCACCUCACUUCAUCUAUGGCAACAAUUCUGUAGACUGGUUGUAUUCUGCUCUCAAAGAGAGUUGGUCUAAUUGGCUUCCUGAAACCACAUAUGGUACCAUCUCAAAUGGUGCUUUCUACACAGUUUCUCCAUAUCCUGGAUUUAGAAUUGUCUCUCUUAAUACCAAUUUCUGCAACAAUCUAAAUUGGUGGCUCCUGAUUAAUAUGACUGACCCAAACAAUGAACUAUCAUGGCUCAUUAAUGUCCUUCAAAAAGCUGAAGACAAAAAGGAAAAAGUCCAUAUAAUUGGCCAUAUACCUCCAGGAUGCGACGAUUGUUUGAAGGCUUGGAGUAACAACUAUUACAAAAUUAUAUCCAGAUAUGAAAGUACAGUAGCAGCACAGUUUUUUGGACACACUCACAUGGAUAGCUUUGAAGUGUUUUAUGAUGUGAGUGAUAUGAAACGUCCAGUCAAUGUUGCCUACAUAGCUGGUAGCAUUACACCUUACAUUUUCAACAAAGCUGUCAAUCCAAGUUAUCGUAUUUAUGAUAUUGAUGGUCCAUAUCCAACAAGCUCAUGGGCUGUACUGAACCAUGAGAAUUACUUGCUUAACUUAACUGCAGCAAACAUUAACGACAACCCUGUAUGGCAGAAAGAAUAUAGUGCCAAAGAAACCUACAAUUUACCAAAUUUAAAUCCCGACAGCUGGAAUAACUUGAUUAAGAUCAUGGGAAAAAAUGCAACAAUACUGCAACUUUUUAACAAGUACAAGUUCAAGUCAGUAAAUAAUGGAGAAUGUUCUGGCAGCUGUCGCCAUGAUUUGUUGUGUGAAUUACGUUCAGGACGUUCACAUGAUCCUUCUCUUUGUAAGGACUUGUAAAUUACCAGUUUCAAUUACCAAAGAAUUUUUAGGAAUUUUAUGUUCAAAAUCUUUUAAAAUCUUCCCUCCUUUUCCACUUAUUUUUUUAUAUGAUGGAACCACAUAUUUUAAAAGAAAUUUAGAAUGAACAUAUUUAAAACAAUCUGUAGUUUCUUUUGAGAAACACCAAAAAUUUUCAUACCUCAUAACUGAAGAAUUUAUCCAAAUAUCAUCAGUGAUCAGUUGCUUCAUCCUUUGACUUUUAACAAGCUUUGUUUUGUUAAUUGCUUGAAUUAUUUACAGUUAAAAUUUUGGUUACAUAAAAGAUUCAAAAACUAUUAAACAAUUACAUCUUUAGCAAUUCUUAUUUCUUUCUUCUAUAUUUAUCUUUGUUUCUGUGUUCUCUUAAACAAUCAAUGAUUCAAUGGACUUUAUUAUUACUUUUGUGAUUCUUUGUUUUGCAGAAGUAUAGCUUCUGUAAAUUGUUUAGACCAUUAGGAAUCCAUGAUUUAUUUGACUAUUAUUUAUCUAGAUUUGUAAUACUAUUGUGAUAAAUUGUUCUACAGUCUUAUAAAUUAUUUAAUCCUUCCAUCUACAGCUAAGUCAAAUUGUUGUCUUCAUAAAACAUUAAAUAGCAUCAUGAUCUUUUAACUUUGCAAUCCAUUAUUUUAUGAUGCUUUGAAACUCUUUAGUUAGCCAAGUGCCAGAAGCUAUUAUUGGCCUUGUUAGAAUGAUUUAAAUGUAAUCACAGUAAUACAUUUAGCAGUAGUAUGGCUUCUAGACAAUUAGAAGUAUAUGACUUAACUAAUUACAUAACGUAAAGUGUUAGACAAUCUAAUCAGGGAUCCUCUACUGAUCUUUUGAUUUGCUAGAAAUUGUAGCUUAAUCUUUCUCAAAUCACACCCUACAAUCAUAAAAUGCAUUAAAAAAAACACAUUGAAUAAUGUAGUUCUAGAUACAGUUUCUCCAGAAAAAAGGCGUGACAGUCAUAGUUGGGAUUCCUCUAAUUGUAGAUCUGCUUGGUCAUGGAUGACCUGGAGCUAGACAAUAAACAAAGCCACAACUCAGAGAGCAAGAGAAUACAAUCCUUCAGACUUGCUUGAGGCAACUUAUUCCUGAAAUUAUUCUCUUACAUAAAUAUAUAUAUAGUAUCAAUUAUUUAGAAUUCUUCAAUACACUGUUCUUCACAAAUUUGAUCC